ACUUCCGUCACAGAGAGAGAGAGAGAGAGAGAGAGAGAGAUGCAGAAAGGGGGCUAGAAAAAAGGUAGACAACUAAGAGAACUGGAAGUAAGUUCUUUAUCUGUAGAGUGUAGGCGGUGUAGACAUUACUUAGUAGGCGGCACCAGCAUAUACCCCCCCCCUCAAACACACGUACACUCCCAUGUGUAAGUUUCAUUGAUACUUAAUAUUUGACACAGGAUCUCCUAACACAGUUUACUAUGGACAAGGGAAGACGGAAUGUGUAUCAGAACUAUCUAGGGCUAGAACACAAUGAGGUGACUCAGUGACUGCACUAGAUUCAAGCUGACAAAUCAUGGCAUUACAAAGAUUGACAAGUAUUAUUCUGUUGUUGUCUGCAUUGUGUCUCUCAACAAGACAGACAGUGGCUGUCAGGAAUGCAUCUGAAACAGACGGAGGUAAACCUUUAGGAACAGCAUGGUUGGAAUCCGGGACGGAUAAAAUGGGGCAUCCAUUGAUAUGUACUGUUUCUACACAGGAAGAUCUCCAUGAAUUUAUUGAUAUGAGUGAAGAUAGAGAGAAGGCCACGUUGUUUGAGUUCCAUAUUACACUCAGGAACUACACGUUCAACCCGUUCAGUAACGUGACAGGAUUGCACUUUAAACCGUGGUUAUGGUACCUGACAAAAAGCCAGCACGGCAGGACAUUGCUGAUGUUGUCCUUCCAUUACGAUGUCCUCUCUAUGAACAUACUGACCAUUGGUGUGAAAGAAAGUGACCUUGUCCUCACAGACUCACCGUUUGGUUGUUUUGGUCAACUUGUGACCAGUUCUCAGGUCAGUGCUGUCCGAGGUCUGCUGCUCAACAGAAAAGGAAAAGACAAAGGCUCAUCAAGUCAGGACUUCGCUUGUAACCAAGUCAUUGAAGAUCGUUCCGGAAGUGCAGACUUUGUUUAUAACUGUUGCUAUAGAGAUUUAAAUGAUCCAGAUGGCAAGAACAUUAUGUGCACCACUAAAGGGGAUGAUUUCUGGAUCAAUAUUUUAUAUUUAGCAAUAACGUCUAUAAAGAUCAUGAUGUUUCUGUUUUGUCCCAAGUUUCUACCAAACAAUGUUUAUAGUGCCGCAUAUGUCGCAUCAGAAUAUGUUAUAGAUUUGAAAAAGACAAUCAAGAUGAAACUGUUUAUAUCUGAGAAAAAUGAUACGAAUAUCACGUAUAAACAUCGAUUGACAUUGGAACAAAUCAGUAACUGGAAGAAGCUAAGGGAAACAAUCGAUCAAAUGCCCUUUGAUGAGACCAUCCCCAUCAAGAUUUCAAAACUCAAAAUUAAAGUGAAGGGGAAACGAAUCCUCCCAGAGAAUGACCCUCCUACAGGACUGAUGAGAACUAUUUACGACAAUUUGAUACGAUGUAAAAUGAAAAACUUAGAUCCUUUCAAAGACUGUUGUGAGACAAGUAUCUAUGCCAGCAUGGAGCCAAAGUUUAGGCAUAAAAUUACAUGGCAUAAAUUUGUACAGCUGACGGUGAAGACAUUCAUGCUAAUACUGAUCCCUGUCCCUUAUUAUAUUCGACUCCUCAUCUACUUCAUGUUUGAAGAAGAGGAACUGUCAUUGAGACAGGCUGCCGUGGACGCCAAUGGGUUGACCACUUCCUUCAACUUUUACAGAAGUAACGUCAUCCAGUACUUCUCCCCAACUCACGGAGUUUUCAUUGCCACGUACGUCUUCUACUUCCUUAUCGGCCUCAUCAUCGGCUUCUCUGACCAGAACUUCAGAGAGAAGCUGAAAGACAUUUGCAGGGCCGCCUUGCAGGAUAUGAACUCAGUCUCACAGACUGGUGUCCUUGGCAUCAUCAUUCGCCUCAUCCUCUUCCCUUUCAAACGAUGUGGACUGUUGGGCUUUUUACUAGCUCCUAUUUACCUCGUGUUCAUCAUGCCAGCUUGCAUGGUGAUAUUUGUCUUAUAUUGUGUGCCUACAGUCUAUUUAUCUAUUCGGCUCCCAUAUCACGCCAGAAAGCUGGCCAACGAGUCUGCAGCACUGGAAGAAGCAGAAAAAAACAAAAGGAUUAUCAAAAUGCAGAAACUCGGGAAGAAACUGUCCAAGAUUGAUAAGUCCGCACACGAGCCGGACAUGACACAUACAGCCGACAAUUAUUGUUGCCCGGAUGAAUAUGACUUUCAAGGAUUUACGUCAAUCAAAAGUGUUUUCCUGCAAAUUAUCACCGCAGUUUUUUGUUUGUGUAUUCUUUACUCUAUAGCCUUAGUCUUUUCAGAGUCCAUCGGAUUAUUUGUUGAGGUGAUGGCCUUCACCAUGAUGGGUAUUAUAGUGAACGCUGGUAGCGUGCUGAAGUAUGUGACCAUGGUUCUCCUGGUCUUUGUUUACAUGAAUGAUUGCUAUAGCAACGUGUACGAGAAUUACCUGACCUUUAAUAAGGCCAUCAUGGAUGAGAUCAUCGAGAGGACCACCACUGACCUCAGGAAAAUAGCCAGCAUGCCGUCCAGUCAACAGGCCAACACAGCUUUUCAGGUACGCUGUGUUGAUGAAACAAAAGAGUUGAUUCCUUCACUUAAUUUUGACAAGAAAGAAAUUCGUUGGAAGAUCGGCCAGUUAUUACUAUUUUUAGAUUGUUAUGACACUCCCAGAAUCCCAUUAAGAAUGUUUCAGAAACUAUGCCAGGUCAGGGUCCAUGGAGCUCCAGGUCCUGUGUACAUCAACUUGUUAGCAGCCACUGGCAAGUUCAUGAUCAUUGUUAUUUUCUUGAUGUUUGUCAUGAUCGUAGUCAUGGCUUUUGGAAAUGUCCACGCAAUGUCUUCAGCUAACACCACUCUGGCUACACUAGCUGGAGGUUUUGUUCCAAUGUUGCUCAAGAAUGUCCUCUCCUCCAAGGGAACAAGGCUGAGCCUUAAGACUGUGAGCUUCAAGGGUCAAAUAGACGAAAUCAUUGAAGAGUACAAGCAGUACUGGCCAGUAGUUGACCUCCUCAUCCAGCGACAGGUUCCAGGUGAGGAUGACGCAGAAGAGGAAAAAAAAGAAGGUGAUAAACAGGACAGUCCUCGACCAGAUUCACGAGAGGAGGACUCUAAGAAAAAUAACAACAUUGAAAAGGACAAACAUGACAGCGGAAACAAUGACGAUAGCAAACUAGACAAGGUCAAGGACGAGAAAAGUGACACCAUUGCAAAGCAUGAUGAGUUUGCCAAAGACAAUGGCGACUUGCUAGAAAAUGUUGUUCCCAAAACAGAGUACGAUGUAGAUCUGUUUAUAGACUUUAGCGUUGCUGACACAGGAGGCUGGUCCCUGUCUGGUUCCAAUGAAAGCCUCUCUACUGAGAGAGAUAGAAUGAUGCCUGGCUACUUUGACCCCAACAAGGUGGUAAUAGAUAUGGAGCCACUAGAGAAAGUCAGGUCACGCUACGAACCUCCACCACCUUCGUAUCAGCAGAAUCAGCAGCAGGGAUCACCCCCACAGUAUCGGCGCACUACCCCGGCAGCCUUGCAGCCCCAGGUACCGCUUGUUGUCAUGUUCGCUCAUACAGACACAAAUUGAUUGACGUGUUGGACAUUUAAAGCUCACAAAACAAUUGGUCAACACAAAGUGGUCAAAACAUGGGUCGCAAGUAGAUAUACAUCUCGAAACUAAACAUGUUUUACAUGAAUGGAAUACCCGUCAUUAACCGUACACCCAACUAGAAACAAAUCAAUGGACAGAGUGCCCUUUCGUUCCUAAACUGUUAGAUAAUAUAGAAGUCAGAAUAUACUUAUUACAAACCAUAAAUGUUCAACAUGUUGAUACUCUGGGAUAGAGUUCAGUUUUGAGUAACUGUCAAUGAAAAUGUUUUGGAUUAUCUUCCUGCUACAAGUAUUUAUAUAUACAGAAAGUAGACAGGUUUUUCUUUUGGCUUGUGUGAUUUAGUGUUGAAUGUUCUAUACAUGAUCCCCAACAUUAAGUUAGUGGAUUUUUUCCUGAAUGUAAGAUUCUGUAUUAUCCUUUAUUUUAUGAUUCUAUUACAUUUAUUUGAGGCAUUUCACUGUGAGACAAGAUUAUACCUUGUAAGACUUGUAGCAUUUUAUUGUUAUAUUGUUCUGGGUUCUUCUUGUUUCUCAAUGUUUUACAAAUAUUUCUUCAGUUCCUAGUGCAGCUAAUUGUACGCUAUGUUACUAAUGUCACUCUUUCAGUUGUUGUUUUUUUAAACUAUACAAUUUAUUGUUAUAAAUGUCAAAUGAAUUUGAUACUAGAGAAUUACAUUGUUGAUCAAGAUUUUAUUUUAUUUUCGAAUAUUUUCUUAUACAUUAUAGCACUAUGCAUUUUGCGUGAACAUGUAGAAUUGUAUUCUUACAACGAACUAAUCUAUUGAAGUAACAGAGAGUUUAAGGCUGUCUCAGUCUAUUUGUUAAUACAUCCUACUACUUAGAAGAAAGGCUUGAUACUAGCAGUGAAGGACUGUCUCAUAACAUGUAAGAUUUAUCAGCUCGUUGUUCUAUUGACUUCUUCAGUUCUACGUUAUUUUAUAUGCAGUCGACUCAAUGUCUAAAAAGGAAAGUAUGCACAUUAAAAAGGGCAUCGCUUCAACAUUAACUUGAGUUGUACCACUUGUACACAAUUUUGGUUACUCAAGCCAAUUUGUGUACCCUCCCUCUGUGGUCGGUGCAGAUCCCUACGAUAGAGAAUGUAAUACAUGUAUUGAACAUAUAAGUUAUAUUUAACUGGUAUACAACUUCUUGAAUAUUUUGCUUUUCGCUUUGUUGAUGAAUGAAUUUGAAUAUUUCAUUGACAUUUAGUCAUUGUUCAGCUUAGUUUUUAGCUUACUUAAUGAGAACUGAAACGCGCUACUUCACACAGACGUUUUAUUUGUAUUGGUAACAUUGUGGCAGAAAUGUUUAUGGAAAUAAAAAUAUGGAAAUCAAAGAA